AAAAUGUAUUAAUUCUCCCGCCCUGGUUAUUCAAGUUAAUGGUUCCCCCUAAAUGUGAUUGCAUCGCAAUUUUAAUGCUGCGACUAACAUUUCUCCCGUUCCUCUUCUCUGCAUGUAAAUCAUGAAUCAGUAUCAUAUAUACGAGGCUAUUGGAAAGGGGAAGAAUUCUACUGUUUAUAAAGGAAGGAAAAAGAAGACCAUUGAAUAUCAUGCAAUCAAGAGUGUGGACAAGUCCCAGAAGAGCAAGGUGCUUCAGGAAGUGCGGACUCUUCAUUCCUUGGAUCAUCCUAACGUUCUGAAGUUUUAUGCAUGGUAUGAGACUUCUGCGCAUCUAUGGCUUGUGCUUGAAUAUUGUGUUGGGGGGGAUCUUCUAACGUUAUUACGGCAGGAUAGCCAGCUGCCAGAGGAAUCUAUACAUGAUUUUGCACGUGACUUGGUCCAAGCCUUACAGUUUUUGCAUUCAAAGGGUGUAAUAUAUUGUGAUCUAAAGCCAUCAAAUAUAUUACUGGAUGAAAAUGGUCGUCUGAAGCUUUGUGAUUUUGGCCUGGCAAGGCGGCUCAGUGAUAUUUCAAAAAAUUCUGUUUCUCAGUUGCCACAAGCAAAACGAGGUACACCUUGCUACAUGGCCCCGGAACUGUUUCAGGAAGGAGGUGUGCACUCGUUCGCUUCAGACCUUUGGGCACUAGGUUGUGUCUUGUAUGAGUGCUAUGCUGGAAGGCCACCAUUUGUUGCUAAUGAAUUUACUCAAUUGGUUAAAUCUAUAAUAUCUGAUUCAACACCACCACUGCCAAAUAAUCCAAGCAAAGAGUUGCUUGAUCUGAUUAACCGUUUAUUGAUUAAGGAUCCAGCUGAGAGAAUGCAGUGGUCUGAGCUUCGAGAGCAUGCUUUCUGGAGAAUGACACUCAAAGUAUUAUCUUUACCUUCUGAGCCUGCCUUCAGCAAUUUACUUCAGCUGAGUUCAAAGUCAGCUGCACCUCAAACUUGUGACAAAAAUGCAGAAAAUUCUUUACCAGAAAGAGAUCAGUUUGUGAAAGUUUCUAAGCAAGGUGUACAUGGAGCUCAUAAGCAAAUUGAAAGUGAAGCACUACGGGCAAAAGGACUGUUAACUCCUACUAAAGACAACCCCAAUAUGGAGAAUACUCAAAAUCAUCGCAUAAAAAGUUCAAGUGGAGUUGCUGAUGGAUCAGCCAUGAAAGAGUUAUCUAGCAAAAAAAAUGCAGGAAUAAAUUUACUUAGGUUAUCCAAGAUAGUGAAGACUAACCUACAGAGGGAGAGUGAGGGUCAAAAUUACAGGAAGCCUUUACCUAAAAACUCUGAAAAUGAUAGUGAUGUUAAAAUAGAAAACCAUGACCUGGAAUUGGAUUUUGCAGAAAAUGCUGAAAGUGAAACUCAAGAAGAGAAUGAAGUUGUUGAUUCUUCGGUAUCUGGAGCUUCUACUCCUGAAGUUAAGCGUCAAAUGCAAUCUCACUCAGCUGCUGAGAUGCAAGAUGACCAAGAACAACAAGAAAACCAUGUCUGUGAGGUGUCAACUGAUAACUCACAGGAUACUAAGGCCAUCGAAUCACACUCCUCGAAAGAUGUGGAAUAUUGUUCACGUAUAGAACAUCAAGAUGUUGCUGCAACUCCUCCUGGUGUUGGUCUUCAAAGACGAGGUCAGAGGUCUGCAGGCUUUGCCGCUGAGAUGGUUAAAGAGGUCCCUGUGUCUCCAGCUCAUGCGGAUCCUUCAAAAGUCUCCAUUAAUCUGUCACAAGCACUUUGGCAUCCAUCUGAUUUAUCUGUGAAGCCGAUCAUGAUCAGCAGGAAAAGUGAUAAGGCUACCGAGCCUGCGCUUGAUGUACGCAUGCUUCCAUUUGAUGCCUUCCCUGCUUCUGAAUUCUUGAAACUCUCACAAGAUAAACUGGAAGGUUUCUUUGGUCGUAUAAUUUCUAGUAUCAGUAGCAGCACAACUCUUGGGGAAAAACAGAAUGCCUUAAGAUACUUGGAAACCCUAAGUAGCAAUGUGGAUGCAGCUAACAUCUUAACCAAUGGUCCAGUAUUGUCCAUGCUCGUUAAGAUGCUGAGAAUAUCUAAACCAACUGCUCUGCGUGUUCAGCUUGUUUCAGUAAUGGGUUUGUUGAUUCGGCAUGCAACUAUUAUUGAAGAUGAAGUGGCAAGUUCAGGUAUAGUUUCAGUGCUAAGUGAUGCUCUUCGAGACAAACAGGAAAAGGUGAGAAGAUUUGCUAUGGCAGCCUUAGGUGAACUCCUGUUCUAUAUCUCCACUCAGAGUGAAAAUUCUCCAAAGGCUGUUGUUGGUCUGGAAAGUCCAGCAAAAGAUAGUCGGUCAUCACCAUCUACAUGGCAGGUUCCAAGUGCAUUGAUUGGGCUUAUCUCAUCUAUUUUACGUAAAGGGGAGGAUGAUUCUACACAGCUGUAUGCCUUGAAAACUAUUGAAAACAUUGCCAGCCAGGGAGGUGAGUGGGCUGCACGCUUCACAAGUAAUGAAGUAAUUGGGAACCUAUGUUAUAUAUUCAAAGCCCCAGGGAAGCAAGAAAGUUUACGUAUAACAGCUGGUUCUUGUCUUGUACGCUUGGUCCGUUUCAGCCCACCAAACAUUCAGUUAGUUUUAGAAAAGUUGACAUUCAAAGACCUCGUUGCUGGCUUAGGGAGGGGAAGUCAAAGGGAGCAACAAAUUAAUAUAAAUCUUAUUAAUAUGGCCCUUCUUGGAAGUAAUAUGAUCACCAACAUGGGUAAGCAUAUGCUUUCUCUAUUAGAGGAGAAAACUCUUGUUCCCAGUCUUGUGUCACUAUUGGAACAGGCUGAGGUGCUUCGUGGCAAGGCGUUUGUUUGUGCAGCACUUCUUUGUAAGGCUAAUCGCAGAUGGUUACCCUCAUUGUGCAAUGCAAAAGUGUUGCCAGCAAUAGAGAGAAUGACAAAAGAAAAAGAUUUGUAUGUGCAACAAGGCAUGGAGUGUCUUGUACAGAUAGUAGCUAGUACUGUGCCAGGUAUACUGGACAGCAUUACCAGUGAUAUUCAACAGUUGUCUAAUAGUAAGCGGGCAGGGGCUGCCACUCCAUAUGCAGGUCGGACUCAACCUAGAAGCAGUAUCCAUCUUUUUCCUGUUGUAUUCCAUCUUUUCAACAGCCCUGUGUUCAAGCAAAGGAUUGUCACUGGACAUGUCUUGCAACAGCUUGCAUUUUUUAUGAAACAUCUUGAGAGUGCAUCAUUUCAGGGUCGAGAGGAUUUUCAGUCAACUCUGCUGCGCAUACUUGAAUUGGUUGUGCAGGAGUCAUCUAUUCUGAUUGAAUACUCAGAGAUUUUUAUAAGACAAGUCAUUCCUAGCCUUGCUAUCUUAUAUAAAAACAAUACAGAUGCAGAUGCUCGCUUCUUAUGCUUGAAAAUUUUGUUUGAUGCACUUGUACUGUUCCUUGAUGAAAUAUCAGACUCACAAAAAGAUGAUGCAAGAGUGGAGGAUCUGAAAUCAAUAGCAGAAAAAUAUUUUUUGCCUCUAUAUACAACAUUCAUUGAGGAUGAGGAUCCUAUUCCCAUGUACGCUCAGAAGCUACUUGCUAUGCUUUUGGAUCUGAAAUACAUAGGAGUUACUGAAAUUCUUCAACUUAAAUUGGUGUUACAGUUCUUUGAAUUUCUCUGUGAAGAUCUUUCAAAUGCAAAUGUCAAUAACGUUAGACUGUGUCUUCUUUUGGCAUCUGCUCCUGAAGUGGGGACUGAAAUUCUUUCACAGCUGAAAGUAGUGAGGAGGGUUGGAGCCUUACUUGAGUUUGUCAAUGCAAAGGAGAUGGAAGAUUUUUUGGAGCCAACUUUAUCUUUAUGCCAGUCUUUUCUGAGUCGUAGUGCUGAAAGAGGAAAGCCUGGAGGCAUGUUGGAAAUGCCUGGUAAUGAUAUAAGUACAAAAUUUGGCAAUAUGGACAUCCAGGAGGGUGGAAUUAGCGACAUCACUGACUUUGGAAGUUAUAUUGGUGUUUUUUUGGAGCUAUGUGGAAAUCAUGAAUCUCAAAUUUCAGACUUGGCUGGAGACUGUUUAUUUCUUUUUUCUAAGGCAGCUCCAAAAGAAGCAGCCUUAAGUCUGCUUUCCAAUCUUCCAUGCCUUGGAAAGGUUCUGGAGACAAUUUCUAGCCGACAGAGUCUCCCCAUUUCCUCACAGCUGCAAUGGCGUCUACUUUAUGCCCUUUGUUCUGCAUGUAAGGAGCAACACUUUAUUGAAAAAAAUUCUCCCAUGUUUUCCGUUCGUAUAUCAGACAUAAUGAGAAUUAAAUCUGUUGUUUCUAAUCUUAGAAACUCAAGCAACCGGCAAGUUGCAGAGGUUGCAUUGGAGGUUAUCUCAGCAUUACAGCUACUUCCUCAUGGGACAUGAGAUCCAGCAGAUGUAAAAUAUGAAACUUACUUUGAAAGAACAUGAGAUCCAUUUUAUGUUUUCCUUAGGAUCAUUGAUAGCUUAUGCUUGCCCUUCUGUACAAUUGUACAAUUUUUUACUAAAUUUGAGAGAUUGUGGAAUCAGAAAGGGAUUCUGCAUGCAUUGUUAGGGCACUUGUUUGAGGCUUGCAUAUCUUGUGAAAUUUUAUGUCUUUGAUUAGUGGAACAGUUCAACUCAUUUGGGUUGGUACUGGCCAAGUUUUUCAGCUGAAAUUACAAUGUUUGCAUGUGUUGUAUCUCAACAUAUCUUUUUAAUCAUAAUAACUAUCUAAAGGCAAUAUUAUGUUUUUUCAAAUCUACUUCUGAGAU